GAAGCACAAUUUCCUGGCCUGUUGUCCUGAUGUGAGGCAUUUCUGUCUCAAUUCUAGGACUGGUUGCCAUAAAGGACGCCCACGAUAUAGAAACCAGGCUUAAUGAGGUGGAGAAGCUGUUAAAGACCAUCAUAAGCAUGCCGUGUAAAUAUUCCAGGUCAGAAGUUGUGCUCACCUUCUUCGAAAGAUCUCCACUGGAUCAGGUGUUAAAAAACGACAAUGUACAUAAAAUUCAACCCAGCUUUCAAAGUCCGGUGAAAAUAUCAGAAAUCAUGAGGUCCAAUGGAUUUUGUUUAGCAAAUACAGAAACAAUAGUUAUUGACCACAGUAUACCAAACGGAACAGACCAGCACCUGUGUGUGGACUCGCCAGAGCACUUGUUUGAGAAUGGCAGUGAGUUUACUGCGGAGCUGGAGGAGGGCGACGACCCUGCGGCUUAUGUCACCAACCUGUCCUAUUAUCACCUGGUCCCCUUUGAGACGGACAUUUUGGACUGAGUCUGCCCUGGGCCCCAUCCCCCAGCCCCUGCCUGCUGCCUCUGCUGCCGUCCACCCUGCCAGCUGCCCUGCUCGGGUCCCACCCAAGGUCCACGCUCGUGAGACCUGGCGUCCCGAGUGGAGCUCGGGGUCCUGGGCUUAGGAAUGACCCUCAGGCCUCCGGCAGCCAGGAGUCCCCUCGCAGGAGGCCACCCAGCUGCUGCUCUUGGGGGCCUUCUCUGCCCACUCUCCCCACCAGCCUGUUUCUGCAUCCCUGGGACUCGCUCCCCACCCGUGGGGGGCCCGCAAGUGCCUGCAGGAUGUACAGUGCCAGGCAGGCGCCCGGACCUUGCUGGGUGUCCCCUGUCACUGUCCCUGCUUCCUGGGAGGAUCCUUCCUCUCAGUACAGGGGCCACAGCCUCCUGGCCUCCCUCACGUCCCGCUGCUCCCUCACAGGACAAGCGCACAAAACAUUUCGUGUGAGAUUUUGAUGAGUUGCCAAGUUCUGGAUGCCACAGGCAGGGUGAGUUAAGUUCCCAGCAUUUCUCUGGGAACCAGGAUGUGUGGCUUUCAUUGCUGUUUUUCAUCUUCUGUCUGGAAACUGUGGGCUUUGUGUCAGCCAAAGAGGGUGUUUAUAGAAGGUUAAUUGUGAAUGGGAAGUGUGGACUCUGGGGACAGGGGAAAUCCUUGCCAACAGGUGCCCAUUCGAGCUGGGAUGGGGAGCUGGCCGUUAAGAGGGACAGAAUUCCUGCCCGGCCCGCCAGCCUCCCUCCAGCCCUUGAGCGAGGGGGCCAGUGCUGCAGCCCCAGCCACGCGGCGAGCUUCGCCUCCUGAGCGGAAUACCAAGCUCUCCACGGUGUGUUGUUGCCACGUUAACCCCAAAGCAUGGGAGUCAAAGGAAAGCCUGAGUCGCUCCCUCAGGGAGGGUCGGGUCCUAGUGCUCAUCUGCUCACAGUGUCUACUAACGACCAGCAUUUGCUAAUGUAAAUAAGAGUAAAUUAUUGGAAUCCUAAUUCUUUACACAGUCUGUUUUUUAAUCUAUUUUAAUUAAAUAAAACGUAUUACUCUACCUUAUUGACUGAAA